UUCAAAACAAAAGAGCACAAUGUUCAUUCAUUGUGUUCGAUACGAACGAGGCCUCCUUCCCAAGUUGUAAAACAUUGUCUUCUCAGAACCUCGCGGCGAUUUUUCCAACUUCCAUUUUCCCCCUCACCUUCUCCUUCUUCUUCUUCUUAUACUCACACGCACACACUCCUUCUUUUCUCACCCCAUUUCCCUCUCUUUCUAACAAUGGCUCAGGUCACAGCCUCACGAUCCUUUCAAACCACCCCUUUGUGCCCCCCAUUCGGAUCCACACGUGACACAACUCUAAUCCUCUUAAAGCCUCCAUCUUUUGCUUCCAAGGUGUUCCCUUUCGAAGGGUCCACCACCAAACGCUUCAAACUCCCCCUCAGAAGCUUCCAGAUCAGUGCAAGAAAUUCCGCCUCUUCUGAAGUUGUCCCCGUGUCGCCCGAAGAUGAUCCAAAGAUUGAGGAGCAUUUGCAACACUUACGUGGGGUGGAGUCAUUUGGUGAGAAUUCGGGUGGGAUGUGGUCUAAGCCCACGUUUAGGCGCAAGACGAAGAUUGUGUGCACCAUUGGACCUUCUACCGAUACCAAGGAAAUGAUUUGGAAGUUGGCUGAGGCUGGCAUGAAUGUUGCUCGGUUGAAUAUGUCUCAUGGGGACCAUGCUUCUCACCAGAAGGUUAUUGACUUGGUUAAGCAAUAUAAUGCUCAAUGCAAGGACAAUGUGAUUGCAAUCAUGCUUGACACAAAGGGUCCUGAGGUUAGGAGCGGGGAUUUGCCACAGCCAAUCAAUUUAGUGCCUGGGCAGGAAUUCACUUUUACUAUUCAGAGAGGUGUUGGAACUGCAGAUAGUGUUAGUGUGAACUAUGAUGAUUUUGUCAGUGAUGUGGAAGUGGGGGACAUGCUUCUUGUUGAUGGUGGUAUGAUGUCUAUGAUUGUUAAGUCUAAGACAGAGGAUUCUGUGAAAUGUGAAGUUGUUGAUGGAGGAGAGCUCAAGUCAAGGCGACAUUUGAAUGUUAGAGGAAAAAGUGCAACACUGCCUUCCAUCACUGAGAAGGAUUGGGAUGAUAUCAAGUUUGGAGUGGAUAACGGAGUUGACUUCUAUGCUGUUUCCUUUGUUAAGGAUGCUGAAGUUGUCCAUGAAUUGAAGAAUUAUUUGAAGAUGAUGCUAUAAUGUUGUCGGGAGAAACAGCUCAUGGGAAGUUCCCACUAAAAGCUGUGAAAGUAAUGCACACGGUAGCAUUGCGGACAGAAGCUACUAUACCAGGUGGUCAAAUGCCACCUAACAUUGGUCAAGUGUUCAAGAACCACAUGAGCGAGAUGUUUGCAUACCAUGCAACUAUGAUGUCUAAUACCCUUGGAACCUCAACCGUCGUCUUCACUAGAACGGGUUUCAUGGCUAGCCUUCUGAGCCAUUUUCGUCCUUCUGGCUCCAUAUUUGCUUUUACAGAUGAGAAGAGGGUACGGCAGAAGCUCGCUUUGUAUCAAGGAGUCUGUCCCAUAUACAUGGAAUUCUGUGACGAUUCUGAAGCUACUUUCUCAAGAGCCUUGGAUUUGCUGCAGAAGCAAGGAAUGGUGAAGGAAGGAGAAGAAGUAGCACUUGUACAAAGUGGUAGGCAACCCAUAUGGAGGUUCCAAUCCACACACAAUAUCCAGGUUAGGAAAGUGUAAACCAAAAGAAUGGAGAGUGGCCACAAAUAAUGUUUCAAGACGCAGUAGUAGUACGUUUAGCUUCACAAGAGAGUCAAGAGCAUCAUCUUAUUAUUAUUGCCUUUUAGUGGGUUGCUGCCAGUAUUUGUUUCUUAGUUGCUUUGUUCCCAUCCUAUGUUUCAUAUUCUCUUCUGAAUGUUAUUGGUUUUAUUUAUUUCCUCUGUAAUUUUGUUUUGUUUCUAAAUGUUAUUGAAAUUUUGGUUUAGCAAUUGAAUCCAGAAAUAUGCUUUCAACUUCAA